CAGCUAUCAAGUCUCUAAGCUGGUGGUUCAGAAGUUUCGAGCUGUCACCAUGUCCGGAGAGUUGGAGUCUUUGGAGCAGGUCCUGCAGAGACAUAUCCCAGGCCAGGAGAUAAAGGAAGUCUGGAGGCUCCUCUAUGGCAAAGAACCCGGGAUCCUGGAUCUACCAGAUGUUGCUGUGAACGCUGCAUCCCAGGGGCAGUUUGAGCUGAAGGGCUUCAUCCUUGAAGCAGCUACAGAGCAACUUCGACGGCCCCGAAUAGUCAGAGUGGGGUUAAUCCAGAAUAGAAUUCAGACAGCCACCACAGAGCCAGUAGUGGAACAGAUCUAUGCCCUGCACAAGCGCAUUGCUACGAUGGUGGAGGCAGCCUCUACAUGUGGUGUGAAUAUUGUGUGUUUCCAGGAAGCUUGGACAAUGCCCUUUGCUUUUUGUACAAGGGAGAAGCUUCCAUGGACAGAGUUUGCUGAAUCUGCUGAGAAUGGAAUAACAACCAAAUUCUGCCAGGAGCUGGCCAGGAAAUACAACAUGGUCAUCAUAUCUCCAAUCCUGGAAAGGGACGAGUCCCAUGGCGAUGUUCUGUGGAACACGGCUGUCGUCAUAUCAAACACUGGAGCUGUUCUAGGGAAAAGUAGGAAGAACCAUAUCCCUAGAAUAGGAGACUUUAAUGAGUCUAGCUACUACAUGGAGGGAAACACAGGCCACAAAGUGUUUCAGACAGCAUUUGGGAAGAUUGCAGUAAAUAUCUGCUACGGGCGCCACCACCCCCUCAACUGGUUCAUGUACAGCAUGAAUGGAGCAGAGAUCAUUUUCAACCCUUCAGCUACAGUUGGGGGGCUUAGUGAGUCACUUUGGCCAAUAGAAGCAAGAAAUGCUGCAAUCGCUAAUCACUGUUUCACAUGCGCCAUCAACAGAGUUGGAACUGAACACUUUCAAAAUGAAUUUACAUCAGGAGAUGGCAAGAAAGCUCAUCACGAUUUUGGGCAUUUUUAUGGCUCUAGUUAUGUAUCAGCCCCUGAUGGGAGCCGUACGCCUGGUUUGAGCAGGGUGAAUGAUGGAUUGCUAGUGGUUGAACUGGAUUUGAACCUUUGUAGACAGACUAGUGACAAAUGGAAUUUCAAGAUGACUGGACGUUAUGAGAUGUAUGCAGAGGAGCUGGCCAGGGUUACGAAACCAGACUUCCAGCCUGACAUUGUACGAGAAUAAUGGGUAGAACUGGUACAUGACAUCUGUUACACAGCAGUUUUACAUGUUCCAAUUGGAUAUUACAACAGAUGUGGAGAGAGCUAAAGUGAUGGCAAUUUGAGGCUGGGUAACCAGCAAACAUGGUUUCAUCUGGCUAAUUAUCUUUUCCCUGAUGGAAUUUUAAAUUUAAUAAACAUAGCCCAAUAAUUCGUCUUCCAUACCUAUAA